AUGAACCGUAAGAAACGCGCAAAGGACGUUGAGCUGGACGAUGCGACUACGGCAGCGAUUGCGAGACUAAACGCACUGUCGUUUGAAGCCGCUGACCCGCUCAGCCCACCAGCUCACUUUCUAGAGUACAUAAAGCCGGGGCUCUUUAUGAAAGGCAGACCGAAUGAGUAUGUACCCGAAAACAAGGACCACGAAACUAGUGACGAGGAGCAAGAGAGCCUGUCGGACGAGGAUCCGGAUGGUCUGGAUGAAGUAGUCGACCAGAACUGGUUAGAAUUGGGAGAUAACGACAGAGUCCACAUCAGCGUCUACCUCGGACAAGAAUGGGUUGAGGCGAUCGAAGCCCUAGACGCCAUCGAGCCGGUCGAGAUACCCGGCCUCCGCCCAACACCGCAUCCAUGGCAAAAGAAAGGAGCCGCUCAAGGCCAUUGGCUUUGCGAGCAACCUGACUUUAAGAUCUUCUUCUGUGGCGACGAAAUGGGAUUGGGGAAGACACUGAUGGCAGUAAUGAUGAUCAAGUUGGCACAACCAAAGCCAGGCUUCUGUAUUGUCAUCGCGCCCAAGACAGUUGGUCAGCAAUGGCAAGAAGAGUGCGUGGGGGCAUUCGAACAACAAGAGGCACUACGAGUGAUCCGAGUGGUGAACCGCAACAUGUCGGCUCAUGAGCUCUACGCCAGACGUCCGGACGUAAUAAUAGUAUCAUACGAGUUUGUAGAAGCGACACAUCGCCGAAUGCAAGCCGCUCAUGCCGAGGAUCCAGCACGUCGCUCGACGUCGCUCUUCCAUACAGACUUCUGGGAUCUCCAGGGUUACCCGAUAAAACGCUUGAUUCUGGAUGAGGCUCAUCGUAUCAAUAACACGAAAUCGAAGCGAUAUAUGUCGGUCAGAGCUAUACCAGCCAAAGCCACAAUAAUGCUCUCGGGGACAUUUCCACAUAAUAGGUGGAAUGGGUGGGGUGGCCCAGUGUCCUUUGCGAAGAACCAACCUCUCACCGAUAUUUCAUCUUUCAACAGAGUGUUUGGAAGUUGGGACUAUGACAACAAGCUAGAACCUGAGCCGGUGCUCCCGAGAAUCAAGUUGUUGCAGCGAUAUCUUAUGAGAUUUACUGUUGCAAGGCCAGCCGACGUCCUCAAGCUCCCUGGAAUCAAUCACUACAAAUCUACGUUUAAGCUAAACUCAGACGACGAAGCUUCGAGCGAAGAUCACUUUUUGAAAUACAUGCAAGCCCAGCAGUAUGAAAAAGACAGGCAUGUCAAGAAGUUGAAAGAGAAAAUGAGAAAGAAGGGCAAAAAGAGCGGCAAGGUUAAAGGAAUCGAGGGACAUGAUUCGGGGAAGAAGGAAGAUUCCUUGAAGGUGCUGAUACACGCGAUCAGAUCGCAACAAGCUUCCAUCCAUGCUCUGCUCCUGGAUACACGAUUCCAAACUAGGAAGAAUGCCUCGGGCUUCGUCCUUGAAGAUUGUGAACUGGAAAGCGACGAAGAAAGUGAAGACGGGUAUGUCCCCAGCAGCAGUGACGACUCAGAUUCAUCGUCAUCGAACCAAAGUGAUGACGAAGACCAAGACCAGGGCAAAGCAACGACCAUGCCUAUAUUGAGUCAGAGCGACAUGGACGCUCUCCACGCGACACUCACCGGCGACAACUCGGAGUUGGAGCGAGACUCGAGAAAGCGCUGGCUCAACCACAUCGCAUCUGAUCCUGAAGUCGUGUUCAAAUCCGCACGCUUAACACGCGUGCUAGACCUAUAUGAACAGUUACGCAGAGACCACCCGGACCGAAAGAUCGUCAUCUCGUCCCAAUACCUAAGGUUUUUGGACAUGAUCAAGUCUGGCCUCCGCCAAGUGCAUGGAAUCGACGGCUUCGAAUACAACGGCGUCAUAGCAGAUGCAGUAAGACAGAAGAACCUGGAGACAUUCAGGGACAGCAGCACAAGCUGCUCGCAGCCUCUGUAUCUUUCAGGAAAAGCUGGUGGCGAGGGUAUCAAUAUCCCCGAAGCAUCGAUACUCAUCCAGACUGAAGUGUGGUGGAACAGGAACGCGGAACUCCAGCUCUACUCUCGUCUACUCCGCCAAGGACAACAACACAAGGUCAUCAUCAUCAGGCUACAGGGGCGCGAUCUCUCCAUCGAUGAUGUGAUCAUCCAGAUACAGUCAAAGAAAAAGACUGUCAAUACGGUUCUCAUGCGACCUCUUGUCCGUCCACACAAUGUGCCGCCCCAAAUUCCAGAGAUGCUCUAUCAAGCGCCAUACUUGACGAGCUAA